CUACGGGAUUGGCGGCAGUACCUGCGCAACUUUGUCCGCAUCGCGGGCUGGCUCAAGGGAAAGAAGAAGAUCUCAGAAGGAGAGUAUGCCUACUACCUCUGGAUGGGUCUUCACCGCACCUUCCGCAAGCGACUAGAAGCCCGGAUUCUGCUUGAGGAUCCAGAGCAUGACAUGUCUACACCCUUCACGCCCAAGGCUAUUGAGAAAGCAGCCAAGGCCCUUCUUAGUGUUGACCGGUUCGACACGGAGCGACUGGGCUCUGACAACACCUACCUUGACCAAUCAGAUGAUGAAGAUGAUGACUACUUUGAGGAGAUCACCGGGAUUGGACGGGGCAGAGCAGAGAGAGACUCACCAGUGCCAAACCGCAAGGUUGCGCGCUUUGACGAAGAAGAUGACAGCGACACGGAGGACCCGGAGCAGGAGUUGAAGGAGACGAAGAAGAAACAGGUUCGCAAGUACAUCCAGCAGCAGGAGAAAGUCAAGGAGGAGAAGCCAAAGCCCACCCCAGUGCCUACCCCAUCCCGCAAGCCUGAGGAUGUGGAACUUGAUGGCCUGAUCCAACAGCUUCACACCCUCCGAUUGGACGACCCGCUGUAUGGUGCUGCGUACCUUAAAGCCUGCCGCAUUGACCCCAACGUGCAGAACUGCUUCUACCAGCCUAUCCUCAGGCCCCCACCACAGUUCAGCCAGAACGUCACUCGUGAUUUGCCGCCACACAUGGGCAGAUCCAACAUAAACCAGCCGCAAAUGCGACCCUCUCUACCACCACUUCAGUCAGGAACCCAAGGAUGCUUCGGAUGUGGUCAGCCAGGCCAUGUCAUGAACAACUGCCCUGAGAUCCAGAAAUACAUCUCAAAGGGCCAGGUUCUGAAAGACUAUCGAGGGCGUAUCACGGACAAGGAUGGUCGAGUCAUCAGACGGCAGGAGGGUGAGAAUAUCGUCCAGGCAAUUGAACGCACCCUUCCCAAGGUGAACUUCAUAGCCUAUGAUGGACCAGCACAGGAUGUGGACGAUGAAGACGAGGAUCCGGAGCAGGCCGACGUCAUGGUCUAUCCAGUGGAGAGAGCCCAACGUAUCACCAGGCCUUACCGCAAGGAGACCUUUGACGGCGUAGGCGUCCCCUCAAAAGGAAAGGAGAACCCCAAGGAUAAGCCGAAGAAGAUGGAGACUUCGCAGAAGGCCACUGCUGUGCAUCGCCUUCCCAUGCAACGUCUGGUGCCAGUUGAGACUCAGCCUAUGGCAUUCAACCCUGAUAAUGACGUGGACAUGAUCGACAACCGCACUCUGACUCAGCAGAAGAAGCCAGCCCCUACGGAGCCAGCCACAAUGGACAAACCUCGUUGGGCUCCGCGCGCGUCAGAUGUCAGCAAGACUGUUGACCCUGUCAAGAUUGCAGAGAAGCUUCUAGAUCUACCUGUGACCCUUCCAGUCCGGGAGAUUGCAGGAUGCUCUCGUGAGGUCGCCAGCAGCCUGAUCGACAUGCUCAAGCUCAAGAAG